AAUAACGCCAAUGAUAAAUAAGGCGGAGGUGCAGCUGCUGGUGACAUGAAGUGGGACGUCGCCUAUUUCGCCAACUAUGGGGUCUAGGCUGAGAGAGAACCCACGCCGACUCCUGGAGUGUUGGUGUGAGGUGGUGGGCCCGAGGGGGAAGGACAACGCCCCAUGGAUCAUCCAGAAGUUCCCCAACAGCUACACCCAGGAGGAGAUCCUAAAGAGCGUGCCGCAGUUUGCCUUCCCUUGCCCCUUCGAAAGCACAAAUGUCCAGCACUUUUCCUUCGUACUGACAAGCCUGGACUCGAAAUGGACGUAUGGUUUUUGCCGCCACGCCCCAGGUGCAGAAACUGCUCUGGUGUUGCUCUCUCAUCUUCCUUGGCACGAAACGUUUUACAAACUUCUAAAUACUUUAUCGGAAAUGAUGAGCGCGGGCCGCACCAGCGACAUGACCUCCUGCCUGCAGAAUAUUUACAAAUUUAAAGUCCCUCUUCCAGGUACUGAGAUAACAGUGCCAUAUGGAGAUAACAAGUUCUUUGUAGCUCAGUGUCCAAACCACCUAAAACUGCCAACUAUACCGGAAAAUCGAAACCUGUCUGAGUACUACAAUGCGGUGGAUGCAAACAACAUGAUGAUCAUCUUUGCAUCAAUGCUUUACGAGAGAAGAAUCAUUAUGGUGUCAAAGCGUCUAUCACGGCUGUCAGCCUGUGUUCAGGCAGCCAAUUCAGUCAUAUAUCCCAUGCAGUGGCAGCAUAUAUUCAUUCCAGUGUUACCACAGCAUCUCAUCGACUAUCUGUUAGCACCCAUGCCCUUCCUCAUUGGGGUUAACACCUCACUUAUGUCGAAAGUACAAAUGGACGAUAUUGGUGAAGCUGUUAUAUUAGAUGCCGACAACAACACUGUGAAGACGCCCUUCAAUGACGUAGAAACCCUCCCAGAUGAGGUGGUUUCAAAUCUCAAAAGAAACCUCAAGUCGCCAAGCAACAUGCUUGGAGACUGUGUGGCAAGAGCAUUCCUCCGUGCACUUGUUCAGCUCAUUGGCAACUACAAGGAGGCGCUCCAGUUCAGAGAGAAAGAUUCAAAAAUAACAUUCAAUAGUGAAAAAUUUGUUGCCAUCCGUCCACCGCAUUUUCAGCCAUUUGUGGAGAAGAUGUUGGAGUUGCAAAUCUUUCAGCAGUUCAUUGAAGAGAGAUUAGACCGUCUAAAUUCCGGCAAGCAAACCUCAGAUGAGUUUGAAUUAGAAGUUAGUGUUCAUUGUGAAAAGUCAUCUUCAAAGGUAAAGCAGCAGUAUAAGCAGUUUGUGACCAACGUACGAAAGGAGGGAGGAGCCAUCAUGAAAACUGUCAAGAGCAAGACCAACCCUGCUGUUAAAUCUGCUGUUAAGAGCGUGGCAAAGGGGGGAAAGCAAGUAAAAGAGAAGAGUCGGCAAACCUAUAAGGACAUCCGAGGAAAGAUCAAGGAUUUCCAACAACCCCGGCCUGAAGAUGGCAGCAUGUCUCCCAAUUGGAUGAAUGGUGAUUCACCACAAAAGCCUCGGUCUGCUCCAUCAUCACCUGUUUUAGGAGUGAAGAGAAGACCACAGACAGUUGGAGGCAAUGCACCUCACUUUUCUGCAAAGGCCACAUAUAAAAGAGCUUCCCAGAUUAAUAUUAGAGAAGACACUAGUGUUCUACCUGGAACACACAAAUAUGAACUCAUCGAGAGAGGAAGUGGCCUCAUGUCUCCUGGAUCCACAGACAGUCUCAGCACACCUUCCCCACAAAGCAUAGACCUUAUGGGUGAAAUGGAGGAAGUCAUACGCUCUCGGCUUGGCCAAGACGAGGAGGACGAGGGACAGAAGAACAGCAGCACUGGCAGCAGCAGCAAAAGCAACAGCAUUCCGAGUAGUGUAAGCAACAGUCCUGCCGUUGGCCACUCCUCUACACUCACGGUGCAGCAUAGUGCUAAAGACCACUCCACUUCUCUCACUGCCUCAAAGAAGCAACUGAGUGCCAGCCUCACCUCUCUCCCUCUCAUUGACCUCUCCUUAGACAUUGAACUUCCUCCUCCCAUUAUGGCAUCUUUUGGAUACCGUUUCCCUGUCUCAUUUGACGAUGACAAUGUUGGUGGUGGGGAUGAAGACGAGGUUGUAGACAGCUCCACUUCAUACUUUCGCUCCCCUAAGCUUCUGCACGAUGAUAGAGACUUCACCACUACAGCCAACCGAGUUGAUGGUGCUGCUUCUUCUGUCUUGGAUACAAAUAGGCGGGGACACUCACAGCUGUCACCACGUUCUCCCUCUCGCCCUUCUAAAGAUGUCUCCAGCGUCUCUGCUGACGGCCAAGACCUCAUCUUUCUGGAGUCCCCACAGGAUGAGAUUUUCGACCCACUCUUCUCCAAAGACAUCCCCCAAAGGCCUGUGCAGAGCAUCCGACCCAGCCAGCCACCCCCUCCAGUGCCCGGUGUGGCUAGAUCUACCUCAAGCCUUCCAGGAGUGGCAGUACAAGGUGAAGGUGGAGUUGGGGUUGGCAGUGUCAGUAUGUCUCAUCUCCCUGCACAUCCAUCUCUUGCCCGUUCCUCUGCUAUCAACACAACAGGAUUGCCCAAUGCCACUCCUAAACGCCCUUCAGAAUACCGCCCUCUUGCUUCCUAUCAGGGGUUGGGGCCAGAGUACCGUCCAUUCUCUUCCCUUCAGACUAGUUUGGGUACACCAAUUGGCUGUCAGAACCCUAUGUACAAUCAGCACAAACCACCAAGCGCAAACUCGCUCCCAAGUUCCACAAGAGGAGGCAGUGCUGCAGCAGCAUUUGCAUCCAGCAUGUUGUCAGGGAGUACAGACAACCAACCAAUGACAGCUGCUGCGACCAGACCAGGCCAGUAUGUGCAGUUUGAACCCCCUCUGGCUCAACCUAACAAGGCUGCAGUCACUUCCACCCAGCCCCAGAGACCUCCAAGACUGUCACAGCGGGACUUAUUGGGGGAUUUUUCCAAGGACUUCCAAAAACUUAGUGUAAAUAGUCAGUCCAAAGCUGUGACUCUUGGGAACAACAAUAAUACAGUAGUGAAUAACAAUAAAGUAACAGACUCCAGAGGGGAAAGCAAAAAUGACACUAAUGGGCCUAGUGAAAGUAAAUGGGCAACAUUUGAUUGAUUACAAAAAUACGAAAGUAAGUAAAUAAAUAAAUUCAGUCUUUACAGCAAGUUAACAUUGAAAUAUGUUCAGUGUAAACAAGUAAAGUAUCAUCCCAUUCACUUGUGGUUGUGAUAUCAGGUUUGAGGAAAAGAUAGAAGACAAAGAAGCAGUUGAGUAAAUUGCUUCACCAACUACAAUCAUAUUUUAGCACAAUCUGUUUAAAUUUGUUUGGUAUUUUAAGAAGAGAAUCUAAAAAUACAGGAAUGCAUGUUUAUUAUAUAGAGGAAGACAUACUUUAGGAAAAGCAAGUUCUUCAUAUCUUUGUAAGAUUGUUAUUCUCAUUAGGUUUACUAAUCAUGAACUUUAAUUUAAAUAAGCCAAAGAAUAAGAAAAAGAAAACAGUAAGUGAAAUAACUGGAAGUAUUUAUAGUUUGGGAUAUGAAUAACGCAAGCAAAUGCAGGUAUGCGAGACCACAUUAAAUGUAAGUGUUUUCAUACCAUUCGUGAUAUUUAUACAUCAAGAGUCAUAAAUGUAAUCAUAUCUUCGUGUAUAUAUAUAUGUAUAUAUAUAUACACACACACAUACACUCAUACACACAAAACUUAUAUAUGUAUGUAUUUAGAAUGAAUGCAUGUUUUUUUUUUGUUUUUGUUUUUUUUAUAGAGAAGA